UUAGGUAUAAUAACCACAUGAAGGUGAAGAUGACAUGGAAUGUUCCAGACUGUUGGCUCCUUCCCGCUCUGCUCUGAUUGGUCAGUUUCAGAAAGAGGAAAUAAAACAUUGAUGGUUCCUCUCAUCUUCAUCAGCCUGUGGAUGCUCCUCUGAUAGCUGUCCACAGCCUUGUGCCAUACACCGGUUUUCUUCUAGGAGGGGGGACCAACCAACUGCCAACAUGUCGAGCAAAAGGGCCAAGGGAAAGAACACCAAGAAGCGUCCUCAGCGGGCCACCUCCAAUGUGUUCGCUAUGUUCGAUCAGUCUCAAAUUCAGGAGUUCAAGGAGGCUUUCAACAUGAUCGACCAAAACAGGGACGGCUUCAUCGACAAAGAAGACCUUCAUGACAUGCUGGCGUCUUUAGGUAAGAACCCCACAGAUGAGUACUUGGAGGCGAUGAUGAAUGAAGCACCUGGCCCGAUAAACUUCACCAUGUUUCUGACCAUGUUUGGAGAGAAGCUGAACGGCACAGAUCCUGAGGAUGUGAUCCGCAACGCUUUUGCCUGCUUUGAUGAGGAGGGCACAGGUAUGAUCCAGGAGGAGUACUUGCGGGAGCUGCUCACCACAAUGGGCGACAGAUUUUCAGAUGAAGAAGUGGACGAGCUCUUCAGAGAGGCGCCCAUUGACAAGAAAGGGAACUUCAACUAUGUAGCAUUCACACGCAUACUAAAGCAUGGCGCCAAAGACAAAGAUGAUUAAUGACAGGGGCAGCUCUGUGUGAGGUUCAUUCUGUAUUAUGUGUAUCUUAAAAUGGUCUCUACUGAGAACAGCUGUAUCCUGUAUUAUGGCACAUGAUGAAGCUUCACUGUGGUAUGGCUCACUGAAGGUCAUUUGUUUAAGCUGCUUGUUGGACCCCCCUCCAGCUCUUCAACCCUACUCUCAAAGCUCAUUUGCACAUCUGUGAAAACACCACUUAGGGGUCUAUAUAAGCUAUCAUGGAUAAAGCUGGAAAUAAACUUAAACAAGAAGUCUGUUCUCA